GGGCGAGCAGCCCUCCAAUGCCGGCUCGAGGUGUGUUGCGCCCGGGUCAUCCGGCCGAAUGUGCUGGACCCAGUCGCCGAGCUCGGCGGCCCCAUCCGCAACCACCGGGGCAACUCUGCUCGCUCUCAGGCGCUGGCUAUUCUCGCUUCCAUCCAUCCGGGACCAGCCCAGACGGAGCACCAUGGAUUUGCAUGGAUUGCUGUGGAUCCUCCCGGCCAAAGCCCUCUUCAGGCAUCUUUCCUUGCCCUCAUACCUUCACCUCACCAGCCUCUCGCGCCGCCUCGCAAGAUUCCGCACCCCAUACCACUUCCUCAUCCUGCUCGAAUCGUGCCUGGAUGGCGAUUCCGUCCUGCAGGUGCUGCAACACUACCUUCGACCCAUCCUGCCUUGGCGGAGCAGCGACUCAGGCCGCAUAGGCUCGACCGAGUUCAUCUCGACCCUGCUCGGCAUGGCCAUCCGCAAGCUGAACCGGUCGCGAGACAGUCUGGGAGUGCCCAUUGUCAUCGACGUCAAGUCGGACUGGCUGCUGCUGGUCGUCCAGCACUUCGUUGCCGACUACGAGCAGCCAAGUCCUCUGGGCGAGUUCUAUCUGCGGCUCAUCGACGCUCUUUUGAGCGACCCGCUACCGGCACACUUUCGAACGCGGACUCUGGAAAUGUAUUCGUGGACGAAGCAUAGCGACGACCUCGACGGCAUGCUGGCAUCCAAGGUCUCGCAACACAGCGUCUUUGCGGCAGAGGCCAGUGGCCGGGAUUAUGCCCUGCAUCAUCUCUUUUUGCUCUUUGGCAACCGUAUUUGCAGCGACUAUGAACUCGACCGGCAACUGGCACGCCUGCCCGAGCUUCCUGAGCUCGUCCGGCUGCUGGCAAUGGGCGCCGAUCCCCGGCUCUGCAUCGACACCGAAUACAACCUCGAGGACGCUGAAAUGAUUCUCCGCGGAUACAUCAUGAUGGGGCCCGAGCGGCUGGACUGUGUGCGGCACCUCCUCGACGUCUUCUGGAACCGGGGGCUCAUCAAACCGAGCAGCCUGGGGCCGCCCUACCAAGCGACGAGUUCGCUGGCCGUCGCCUGCCGACGAGGCUAUCUCGAUCAUGUCAAGCUCAUCCUCGCGUACAUCGGCAGACUUUAUAUCCCAUCGCAUAUCCUCAUUUCACGGCACGGGCGGUAUGCCUUUGACCUCAUAGAAAGCACACCGCAUCAUCGCAGCAUCAGCACGCAUAUCCCCGCCACCGCCAUCGGCAAAACCCACACCAGCAACAGCAACGCCGACAUCGGCAGCAGCACCAACAAGCAACAGCCUCCCAGCCGAGCACGACGGAAGGGCAAAGAACUCUCUGGGCCGAUCAUCGACCAGCGGUCGCUCUGGGAAGCCGUCUCGAAUGGACACUGGCAGGUUGCGGACGAACUACUCUCAUGCCGGUUUCUGGGACACACGCGCUGCUACGACUACCUCGGCACCGCCGUUCGCAACAAUGACCCGCAGAUGGUCCGGCUCUUACUGGAGAAGGGCGAUGACUGGAUCCUGAACUGGCAGCUGGAACGGGCUCUCAAGGUCAGCCAGCACAACCGCCAGACCGAGAUCGCCCGCAUGCUCUGCACCAAGCUGAUCAUUGUGAACUGCCGCGAUUCGUGAGAGGGGCUCGCCAAAUAUAGAGGGAGCCCUCCUGCUGCUGCUUGUGAUCAAAUGAACCAACCCUGCCAUUGGAGCGGGCGGCCUGGUGAGCGGACAGGGCAAAGGCGAGCAAGGGGGC